AUGUCUACUUUAAAACGUUUUCGUCCAUCAACAGAAUUAAUUUGUUCUCAUGUACAUUGUAUUGAACCAGCUAGUAGUGUUUCGUGUGCUCAUUGUCCAUUAACAUUUUGUUUACAACAUCUUGUUGAACAUCAAAUAGCUAUUGAUAAUGAACAUAAAUAUUUGAUAUCUGCUAUUGAGAAUUGUCGAGCACAUUUGAAAACACUUCGAUUUAAUGAUAAUCGUUUUGAAUUAUUUCAACAAUUAAAUCAAUGGCAAAAAACAAUGAUUGAAAAUGUUGAAAUGAUGAAAAAAGAAAUUUAUUUAACAUAUGAACAAUAUGAUCAAGAAUUUAAUAGAAUUAAAAAAACUAUGUUAAAUAAUGAUAAUAACGAUGAAAAGAGUUUAAAAGAGAUUUUUAAUCAUUUAAAACAAUCUUUAAAAACACUUGAAUCUUCUCAUCUAGAAUUAAUUAUUUCAAAAUUAAAUCCAACUAUUCAUCUUAUUAAACCUAAUUUUAAUUCAUUACUUUUUAAUUCACAAAUUACAAUACGACCUAAUUUAGAUCAAUUUUUAUUAUUAUCAAAAAUAGUUUUUACUCUUGAUUAUGAUCCAAUUGAUAUAACACAUUUUAUUACUUCUUCACAAUAUUUAAUUAUUUAUAAAUCAUCUCGUUCAAUAUUUCAAUUAUUUAAUAAUAUUGGCGAACAUCUAUGUGAUAUUAAUUAUGAUCAUAUAAAUUAUGGUGAUCUUAAUCAAUUAAUAUGGUCAUCUUAUGUCAAUGGAUUUCUUCUUGCUACAUCAAAACAAUUACUUAAACUUAAUUGUACAACAAAACGUAUAACACGUUAUAUAGAUAUUGGUUUUGGUUUUUUUAAAGAUAUAUGUACUUGUGAUGAAUCAAUUCUUCUUGUUCAUAAUCUUGGUACAUCAUUAGGUGAUGUUAUUGAACAUUAUUCAAAUAAUCAAAUGAUACAACGUUGUUGGAAAACUGAUUUAUAUGUAGAUGAAAUUCAUAUGAAAGAAACAAUGGAAAUAUUUCGUAUUCGAAUAAGUAAUCAUUUAGUUGCUAUUGAUGCUUUAUUUACAGAUAAAAUUCUUAUUUGUGAUAUUUCACGUGCAAUGAAAUGUCUUUUUCGAAUAGAUACAAAACAAUAUAACAUUUUAUCUAUAUCGCCAGUUUAUGAUACUCAACAAUGGCUUCUAUUUGUAACAGAUGAACAAAAUGAAUAUCUUCAACAACGAAUCUUUGUUAUUGAUGCUCAAGAGAAUGAUGAUCAACGACGUAUGCGUGAAUUAAAAUGUAACGGAUUGUUACCAACAAAUAUUUGUUUUUUUGGAUCAAAUCAUUUUAUAAUAACACGUACGGAAAAUAAGGAGGAAGAAAAAUUUUUAUUUGAAUGUCGAAAGAUGCAUAACAUUUUUUAA